AUGUCUAACACGGACGAAGCCUCCGAACCAUUCACCACAAAAACGAAUACCACGGAUAGAGUCACUGGCCGCGUCCACGAGUCUGCCAGUCAUGCACGCGAAAAGAUAGCCGAACAGCUCCAACCCGGUGAUAUGAAGGCGACGUCUCGUCGCUCGUCGGAUACACCCGAUAAUAUCUGGCAAUUUGGACAAGGUGGUGAAAGAGAAGAGCGAGAUUAUGGGCUAGAGCGGGAUAAGUCUAUGCUGCAGUCAGCGCAUGAGACGGUGGCUAAGGCCCUUGGAGGAGGGAAUCGUGCCAUGGGUUCCAGCUCUAAAAGAAAGAAGGAUAAGCAGAAGGACUUCCAGAAACCCAAACUUAAGGUUGGAAAAACCAAAGCGAAGCCCGACAACUACACUGAUACCAGUUUCAAAUCGAAAUCAAUUGUCGUCACACAACAAUCCCUCCACCUUGCCGCCCCAACUUCAAAUGCCACAUUCACGCAUAACUUAUCUCUACUCUCCGCCAAGUCCGACAGCCAACGACGCGACUCGCUUGCUUAUCUGACUACUACGAUAUCAUCGCGACCAGUAAACUCGCCUCUGCCACAACCAGUGAGCGUUAUUUUACCAUCUCUACUACCGCUCAUUCUCGAUGGAACCACCAGCGUACGGACUCAGCUCCUCAAGCUCUUGCGGACCCUACCACCGGGCGAUGUCGAAGACCAUGUGGCGCAACUCCUACCCUACGUUCGUGCAGGAAUGACCCAUCUUGCAGCGGACAUCCGUAGUUCCGCCGUGGAGAUUCUAUCAUGGAUGAUUGAGGCAGCGGGGGAAUCAACAGUUGCCUGCGCGGGAGGAUGGAUCAAAACACUUAACUGCUUCUUGUCUGUGUUGGGCUGGCACACCGAAGAGUCAUCACAGUGGUCCUCAAGCCGGGCUUCAUUUGGGAAGUCCGGCAGCCAGGGCAAGCCCAUGGUCAAGACGCUUGGGGCCCUAGCGAUGUUUUUGGAUUCGGGGAUCGGGAAACCUUCUACCGGCGAUGUCGAUAGUGAGAUGCCUGAUGAUGACGAGAGUGCCGACUGGCCGUUCCCUCUUUCCCAGACCGCCCAGCACAUGAUCUCGGACUCGUCUACCCCAUUCGCAUAUCUGAAUCUGUUUGGGAAGCCGCGCGACGAGGAAGGGGAAAUGUACGAAACCCGUGAGGACAGGUACCGCGUGUUCUCGACUCGUUUCCAGUCAGCAAUCGAGCGUGGAAUUAAGAGCGCCAGAGAGGAAGGUGGUGAGCUCGGCCGUGCGUCAUCCGGUGUGAGCAAGGUGUUGAAAGAAGCGAUUGCGUAUGGACCGGGCCCAUGA